UCACGGAAGCCCACUUCUUCGGACAACAUCCGCUUUAUAUUUCAGCUCCGACCACCGUUGAAAAAUCAAAUCAAAGCAAGUCUUAUCCAACUUCUCCCAUUGACCUCCGUUGACCAGACCAAUUUUCUGACCCGGAGACCCACUCAGAAUGGGCAACUCAUGUAGUACCUACGUUUCAGGCGAUGGCUCCGGCGGAUCGGGUAACCGGGCUAACCAUCGCCCCUCAAGCGGCGGCAUUCAGAUCCUCCCUCCCGAUGCCAGACCUUCCCCGCCGAGAAUCAGACCCCAUUUACCCAACCCUACAGUCUCAUCUUCCGGUCCCGCUGCCACCGGAGUUGGCCGCGUACUGGGCCGGCCUAUUGAGGAUGUCCGGUCCACCUACGUGUUCGGGCGCGAACUGGGUCGGGGUCAGUUUGGGGUCACGUACCUGGUGACUCAUAAGGAGACGAAGCAACAAUUUGCUUGUAAAUCCAUAGCCGCGAGGAAGCUCAUUAACCGUGACGAUAUCGAGGAUGUCCGGCGCGAGGUACAGAUCAUGCACCACAUGACUGGUCACCGGAACAUCGUCGAGCUCAAGGGUGCCUAUGAGGAUCGCCACUCGGUCAACUUGAUCAUGGAGCUUUGCGCGGGAGGUGAGCUCUUCGAUCGGAUCAUAGCAAAGGGUCACUACUCUGAGCGAGCUGCUGCUAAUCUCUGCCGUCAGAUCGUGACUGUGGUUCAUAACUGCCAUACGAUGGGGGUUAUGCAUCGGGACUUGAAGCCUGAGAACUUUUUGCUCCUUAGCAAAGAUGAGGACUCGCCCCUCAAGGCUACUGAUUUUGGGCUCUCCGUAUUUUUCAAGCCAGGAGAUGUAUUUAAGGAUCUCGUUGGAAGUGCAUACUAUGUUGCCCCAGAAGUUUUGCGCCGGAAUUAUGGUGCCGAGGCAGAUAUUUGGAGUGCUGGCGUUAUAUUAUACAUUCUGCUUAGUGGUGUUCCACCAUUCUGGGGAGAGAAUGAACAAAGUAUCUUUGAUGCUGUUCUUCGAGGACAUAUUGAUUUCUCUUCUGAUCCCUGGCCUUCUAUCUCUAGUAGUGCUAAAGAUCUUGUGAAGAAAAUGCUUUCUUCUGAUCCUAAAGAACGGCUUUCAGCAUUUGACGUCUUAAACCAUCCAUGGAUGAGAGAAGAUGGUGUUGCUUCUGAUAAACCUCUUGAUAUUGCUGUCUUGACUAGAAUGAAACAGUUCAGAGCAAUGAACAAACUCAAAAAAGUAGCUUUGAAGGUAAUUGCUGAAAAUCUUUCUGAAGAGGAAAUCAUGGGUUUGAAGGAAAUGUUUAAAUCCAUGGACACAGAUAAUAGUGGAACUAUUACAUAUGAAGAGUUGAAAGCUGGUUUGCCAAAACUUGGUACCAAGCUUUCCGAGUCUGAAGUCAGGCAAUUGAUGGAAGCGGCUGACGUUGAUGGAAAUGGGACAAUUGAUUAUAUUGAGUUUAUAACAGCUACCAUGCACUUGAAUAGAAUGGAAAGAGAGGAACACUUGUACACUGCUUUUGAAUAUUUUGACAAGGACAAGAGUGGGUACAUUACGAUGGAAGAAUUGGAGCAAGCCCUUAAAAAGUAUAACAUGGGGGAUGAGAAAACAAUAAAGGAAAUCAUUGCAGAAGUUGACACAGACAACGAUGGUAGAAUAAACUAUGAAGAAUUUGUAGCAAUGAUGAGGAAAGGCAAUCCAGAUAUGGCAGUAAACAGACGGCGCAAAUAAGCGUAAACAGUGUUCCUUGUUUUGCUAAAUCUUUAAGCUGUGUUGUUCAUAAAAUAUUUUUCACUAUUCAAUUGCUUUAUCCCACCUACUCUUCUUGCUUGAAUUCCCUCUUGUCAUCCGCCAUUGGAGGGACUCGAUUUCGAUCAGUUCAGGGGGAUUAGAAUUUGAUAGGUUCAAGUGUUUGCGGAUUUCGUCACUGCAAUGUCUGAGCUCUGAGGGGAUAGGAAGUCCGAGAACCAAUCCUCUCUCCCUUGAAGAUCAAGAAAAUAAGAGUUUUGUGAUUGUACUCGGCCGUUCUAUAUUUGAUCAUUUUGUCUUCUGAUUUUCUAGCUCAUCUUAUUAUCAACAAAGCAUUAGAAUCAAGGAAUACAAUUUUUCUUUUUUCCUUCACAGGUUUCACAUUUUUAGGUUGCUUGUUUGUUACGUUAACUAGUUAUUCAAGUCUAAGAAAAUUGAUGUAUUUUUUGUUUUUUGAAAUAUACUAUUUUGGUACCUUA